GAAUAAAAAGAUGAUCCCAAUUUUGGCGCUCUGAAAAUUAUGACGUUUUAUAUGAAUUGUGCUGUGUUGCGCAAGACGAACAAAGUGGCUCCGGGUGGAACUGUUUGCUUGAAUGUCGGGCUAUGUCCUGAAGGAUAACAUUGCAUAAAGACACAAUAAGAAGGUAUGUGAAUAUGUGAAUGAAGGACUAAUCGAAACGAUAUAGCAGUCCAACCUAAUGAUGUCAAUUACCUAACCAGUGAAGGAGAUAGCGAAUAAGAGGAAUAUAGUGAUAACGGACUGAAGAUCGGGUUGAAGCCAUUUUCUCCUGCGGACGAGGAGCGUGGUGACUGGGGUGUUGACAUCAUGAAUGUUGGCACGGCUCACAGCGAGGUGAACCCCAACACGCGGGUGAUGAACAGCCGGGGCAUCUGGCUCUCCUACCUCCUGGGCAUCGGCCUGUUGCACGUCAUCCUGCUCAGCAUCCCCUUCGCUAGCGUACCCAUGGUUUGGACCCUCACCAACGUCAUACACAACCUGUGCAUGUACCUGUUGUUACACUUGGUGAAAGGGACUCCAUUUGAGACUCCCGACCAGAGCAAGGCUCGCUUCUACACAUACUGGGAGCAGAUGGACUAUGGUGUCCAGUUCACUGCCUCACGCAAGUUCCUCACCAUCACCCCCAUUGUCCUCUACAUCCUCACCAGCUUCUACACCAAAUACGACCAGGACCACUUUGUGGUCAACACGGUCUCCUUGAUGACUGUGCUCAUUCCCAAGCUCCCCCAGCUUCACGGAGUCCGGAUCUUUGGGAUUAACAAGUACUGAUGGGACGGAAGGGGACACCGCCAUUCCGCCAUCUCCCUGUGGACUGUGAGCACAGAGUAUCAGGCUCCUUGCUGUGGCCCCGGCCCAUAGGGAUGCAUGGUCCCGCUCUGUCUCCCAAUACUAUUUGAGCAUUAUGCUAAAUGAAGCCUAUGGGGGAUACACAAGACAAAAACUGUAACACAGAGGCAGAAUUUAUUCACUGUAACUGUACAGGGCUCGGCUGGGUCUGAGCUCUAUGUGUUCCCAUUGAAGCUGUGCUGUGGCGUUUAUUUGUGGUUCCCUUUAUGUCAGAGUUGUUUGAAUUCACAGAGAACACUGCAAGUGAGGCCUUUGAGGACAUACAGUUGUCACGUCCUGACCAGUAUAGGGGUUAUUUGUUAUUGUAAUUUGGUCAGGACGUGGCAGGGGGUGUUUGUUUUAUGUGGUUCAGGGUGUGUUUUGUGUAUGUGUUUAGGUA